AUGAUGCGACUUUCACUCGAACCGUGCAAGACGCCCGGCAUAUCACUGCCGGUCAAAGCGUAUGUGUUUAAUCGCAUAACUUCGUACUGUACGUCCAAGCGCAGACCCGCCUCUGAUUGGCCUCAUCUACAAGAGCUCGACCUCGCCGAUCCUGAUCCCGCGGAUCGAACUCCGAUACAAUUAUUGAUUGGAGCGGAUUUAUACGGCGCCUUAUUACGAGAUGGCCUUCGGCAGGGUCCGUUCGGUAGUCCCACGAUCUUUGGAUGGAUUGUGUCUGGCCCUACGGACGAUGACGAUUCCAAUGCAUCGGUUUGCGUUGCCUCAGCCAAUACGGUGGACACAGACCUCAACCAAAUCCUCGUGCGAUUCUGGGAGACCGAGGAGGUCCCCACGACUCCAAGCCUCACAGCGGACGAGGAGAUAUGCGAAAGGCAUUUCCGUGCUACGCACGCGAGAGAGGAGAGCGGACGAUACGUCAUUCGCCUCCCAUUUACACAAUCACCUCCGCCCAUUGGAGAAUCUCGUUACAUCGCGACUCGCCUGUACGAUAAACUCGAGAGACGACUAUCACGCGAUGUUACACUCGCCGAAUCAUACGGCGCUUUCCUUCAGGAAUACCUGGACUUAGGACACAUGGAGCUGGUCACCGGCCCAGAAGUGCCUCGCGCUGGAGUCGUCUAUCUUCCGCACCACCCCGUGGUGAAGAGCGAAAGCUUAACUACAAAAUUGAGGGUCGUAUUUAACGCGUCGUGCGCUUCCUCAAACGGGACGACUCUCAACGAUCACCUACGCAUUGGACCCAAGCUCCAAACUGACCUGCCGUCUAUAUUAAUUAGGUGGCGACAGCAUAAAUAUGCGUAUCUUGCCGACAUUGAGAAAAUGUUUCGGCAGAUACGGGUGCAUCCAGAAGACUCUGAGUAUCAGCGGAUCUUGUGGCGACCUUCUCCGCAGGGUCCAAUCCAGUCGUAUCGUCUACGCACCGUUACGUAUGGUACCGCUCCCGCGCCAUACCUCGCGAUACGGGUACUACAUCAGCUCGUCGAGGAUGAAGGUCAUCGAUUUCCUCUCGCUCGUUCCAUCUUGCAGAACGAAACCUAUGUCGAUGACAUCUUAUUUGGUGCUGGUGAGAUUGACACAGCCAAUGCCAUGAGACUACAACUAGUCAACAUGCUCGCGGCGGGCGGAUUCAGUCUUCGCAAGUGGGCGUCCAACGCCGUCGAAUUGCUGGAGGAUGUACCUUCUAAAGAUCGAGCUGUUAAGAUGGAUUAUUCAUUGGAAGAGGAUAACAAUAUCAAGGUUCUCGGCAUUGCAUGGUCGCCUCGAGACGACGCUUUCUCCUUCCAUAUCUCGUUGCCGCCCCGGUCGGCAGCGACUAAACGCUCAAUUCUAUCCACGACCGCCAGGAUUUUUGACCCCCUUGGGUGGGCUACCCCGGUAGUCAUUAUUGCUAAAAUCCUAAUGCAGGAAUUGUGGAUCAGGUCGUGCGACUGGGAUGAUCAACUUCCCGCAGAUCUCAGCGAACGGUGGGAAGCCUAUCGUGACUCUCUCCAGUCUCUUGCCAAGAUUCGGAUUCCCCGCUGGACCGGAUUAUCGAAGCAAGUGAGCCAUAUCGAACUCCACGGCUUUUCCGACGCAUCACUCAAGGCCAUAAGUGCCGUGGUGUACAUGCGAAUUACCUAUCCGAAGGAAGUCAAGGUUACGCUCAUCGCAGCCAAGUCUAAGGUGGCGCCUAUAAAACCUCUGUCUAUACCGCGAUUAGAGUUAAACGGUGCCGUGUUACUGGUCAAAUUGCUGCGAUACGUUGCUGACGCUAUGCAAUCCGCUAACAUUCCAACCCACUGCUGGACAGAUUCGACAAUCGUGCUCGAGUGGCUUAAAAAACAUCCCUCCACGUGGGUUACGUUUGUAGCAAAUCGAGUAUCGACAAUUCAAAGCGAAUUACCUUCAGCCACUUGGCAUCAUGUUCCGUCUAGCUCGAAUCCUGCGGAUAUUGCCUCGCGUGGCAUCGCUCCCGCGGAGUUAUCGUCUUGCAGACUCUGGUGGUCCGGACCGGCUUGA